CCUCUCUCGCCUCUCUCUACUCCUCUAAAAUUCACUUUGCUAGGGUUUUCGAUUUUGCGUUCUUGAAAAAUCUGGGUAAAACAAUUUGCUAGAGAUUCGUCGUCACUCUCCGAAGACGCAGCCGUUCUCAGAGUGUUUCGACAUUCUGAUUCAGCUCGAUCAAAAGAAACAUAACGAUCCCAAGGUUCUACACAAUAUGGAAAUUGCUGAGUACGAAAGGGAGAGCGGCGGGGAGAGCGGGUACGACCCAAAUAUGGUGCCGGAUUCGGUGAAAUCGUUUGUGGUACACAUGUACAGACACAUAAGGGAUAAGAACGUGUACGAGAUCCACCAGAUGUGUGAGACAUCGUUCCAGAGCAUAUCGGAACGUCUGUUCAAGGAGACGCCAUGGCCAAGUGUGGAAGCCAUAGCUCCAUACGUAGACAACGACCAUGUGUUCUGUCUUCUGUACCGUGAGAUGUGGUUUCGACAUUUGUAUGCGAGGCUAUCUCCUACGUUGAAGCAGAGGAUUGAUUCUUAUGAUAACUAUUGCAGCCUCUUUCAGGUGGUGUUGCAUGGGGUAGUGAAUAUGCAGUUGCCGAACCAGUGGUUGUGGGAUAUGGUGGAUGAGUUUGUCUACCAGUUCCAAAGUUUCUGUCAGUUCAGAGCAAAGCUCAAGAACAAAACAGAGGAGGAGAUUGCAUUGCUCAGACAGCAUGAUAAGGCAUGGAAUGUCUAUGGCGUGCUCAACUUCUUGCAAGCACUUGUGGAAAAGUCUUGUAUCAUCCAAAUUCUUGAGCAGGACAAGCAUGGACUUGAACAGUUCACUGCCACUGAUGGCUACGAUUACAGCGGUGGAAGUAACGUCUUGAAGGUCCUCGGUUACUUCAGCAUGGUCGGUCUCUUGCGUGUUCACUGCCUCCUCGGUGACUACCACACUGCUCUCAAAUGGUUGCAGCCCAUUGACAUCACUCAGCAAGGUGUUUACACCAGUGUCAUUGGAUGCCAUAUCGCUACCAUCUAUCACUAUGGAUUUGCCAACCUUAUGUUGCGACGCUAUCUAGAUUCUGUUCGUGAAUUCAACAAGAUUCUCCUCUACAUUUUCAAGACUAAGCAGUACCAUCAAAAGUCACCUCAGUACGAGCAAUUACUCAAGAAGAAUGAGCAGAUGUAUGCAUUACUUGCUCUUUGCCUCUCCCUCUGCCCUCAACCUAAUCUCGUUGACGACUCUGUCAGCUCUCAGUUGCAAGACAAGUAUGGUGAAAAGAUGAUGAGGAUGCUGAGGUAUGACGAUGAGGCCUUUGGUAUUUACGAUGAGCUCUUCUCUUAUGCAUGCCCCAAGUUUAUCACCCCUUCCCCACCAUGUUUAGAGGAACCUCUUGUCAAUUACAAUCAGGAUGCAUACAGGCUUCAGUUGAAGAUGUUCCUUUAUGAGGUAAAGCAGCAGCAGCUCUUGUCGGGAGUGCGGACAUUCCUAAAAGUCUACUCCUCCAUUUCUCUUGCUAAGCUCGCAAACUACAUGGAAGUUGAUGAGCCCACUCUAAGGACCAUAUUGUUAACAUACAAGCACAAGACCCAUGCAGUUGAUUCCGAUGGUAGGAUCAUCUCCAAUGCAGACAUUGAUUUCUACAUCAACAAUGACAUGAUCUAUGUUGUGGAAUCAAAACCCGCAAAACGUUAUGGUGAUUUCUUCUUGCGACAGAUUGCCAAGCUGGAAGGUGUGAUAAACGACAUGGAUCGUGUCAAACUGGAAUGAGGACUUUUCUGUGUUACACCUAUCAUCAAUGCCCAAUCUGAUAUGCUCUCUCUUAUAAAACCUAAAUUUACUUGGAGCCAAACACUUUUGCGAAACUAUCUUCAUGUGGUCAAAUGGUGUAGCUCGACUCUUUUCUUGUGUAACUGUAAUCAUCUUUGUUAUGAAUUAUUGCCAGUUUUUUUUUUGAUUGAGUAUGGCAUUUCAGAUUAUAGCCGAUCUCGAGUUCCUUUGGAAUUAUUUGUCCAGAUUUGAUAUGCCAACUAUGAGUUUAAUAGUA